GGGUGCGUGGCGCGUGGUGUCUCGGAAGAGCGGCGAAGCGCGCGGCGCGCCGGCUGUGCUGCGGUCAGCAUGGGAGGCGGCCAUGGGAGCCCGGCUGUCCAAGUCCAGCCGCCGGGAGGUCCUGCAGCGGGAUGUGGACCGGGAGCGGCGGCUGCGCCUGGACAGCGAGGCGCGCCUGCGGGACUGCACGGCAGAGGCUGAGCGCUGCCGCGCGCGCCUGCACGCCCUCCAGAGGGAGCUCUCCCGGAUGGAAGAUUCGAUGCGGAGCAUGCUGCAGUACAAGGCACGCAGCGAGCAGCUGAAGCAGGAGAAGACGAGCCUCACCGUGGCGUACGAGAAUCGCAUACAUCAGUUCCAGAAUACAUUGGUUAAGUUAGGAAAUGAAAAUGAAGCUCUGAGGAAACAACUGCGGGCACUGGAAGCAGCUGGAGCAGGUGAAGUGCAAACUGCUCUUCUAGAGAGGCUACGUGUACUAGAAAAUGAUAACUGUUCACUCAGCCAUGAUGCAGAAGUACAGAGACGUCAGUAUGAGCGUUGUCUUGAUGAUGUGGCAAAUCAAGUGGUGCGAGCUCUUCUGUCUCAGAAAGGCUUGCGAGAAGAAAUAGGCACUCUGCAACGACGUAUUAAAGAUCUUGAAGCUCAGAACCGAGCACUUACAGCAGUUUUAGUGCAGCAGUUGCAGCCUCAACCCACUCCAUCUCCUGCUUCCAUGAAUGUACUGCUUCCUGGCUUGUGCUCAGCUACUCCAUCACCUGACACACCUGCCACUUCUCUUUCAACUCCAAGCAGUGGGGCACUUUGGGAAGACAUGUCAGUGGAACCUUUGCUCUGGUUACCAGUGACACGUCCAAGAUCACUUCCAUUGGGUGUUGGAACCAGCUCUGGAACUGUGUCACUGGCUAACAGUACCACAAAAUGCUGUCAGCAUAGACGUUCGCGUCCUCUUCUUGCUACUGCAACUUCUGCAAAAAAGACAGAAGAUGUCGGGAGUGAAAGUCCUGAGAGUGGAAAUAGGGAUGAAGGUUAUUCAACCAUGUCAAGUGAUGUUCAAGCAGAAGCAGCACCAAAGCCUCUGGAAGCAGCUGGUGCCGGUUUAGAAGACGUGAAAGAAGCUUCUGAUGAAACAGAAACUGUGACAGAUGUCCGGCCCAUCAAUUCUGGUGGCUGCCUGCUGGUUGUAGAAGAUGCUUGUGAUCCUGAUGUACUGUACAUUCCACUUGGUCUAACGGUUGGCAUUAAUCCAAGACACAGCUUUCCCCCAGCAAAGGAUCUCCUCCCAUAUCAACAUAUAAUGCGCAGCUUCUCGGAUUCUCAUCUCUGUCUCAAAAUUACCCCAUGUUCACCUUGUGCCCCAUUCUCAGCUUGUUCCCUGGCCUCCAGUGCUUCCUCUUCGCCCUCAGUUCUAGCACUAGAAGCUGCCACACCAGCCAGCAACUUAGCUGCAACAACUGCUCACCCUCUCCGUCGAACAAAGGCGACUGUCAGCCUCAGCUCAGCAGCGGCGACAUCUUCACAAAACAAUGAAAUUGCAGAUGAUGAUGAGGCUGGAGUGUGGUGGGAUUCUGAUUAUGUGCAGCAUUGGCUAAAACUGGAUGAAACACGUGGUGCUCUACAGCAACAGCAUCGAGAUAUGCUGGAACUUGAAUAUGAUCAGGCUGAACUAGAAGACUGGAGUAUGUCUUGUGAUGACUUUGCACCAGUUGUUGAAGGAAACACAGGAAACAUGUGGAGAAGAGAUCUGCCACAAGCUUUGCCAAGUAUACAAGAAAAUAACCAACUGGAAUUGGAGGAAGACACAAAUGAUUAUCAGUGGAAUAGCUCUAGCCAUCUGUCUAGCACUGAGCUAAUGACAUUACUUCUCGAUGUUGACCAGAAAAAUUAUUGGCAAAAUAACAACUAUGGGCUGUCUUCACCUGGUGGAAGCUGGUCAAGCAAUUCUGAGGACUGCUGUCACUCAUAUGACUGUUCUUAUGCAGCUGGCUGUGAAAGCUCCUCAAAACGUUCAUCAGCAGCAAUGAGUGGUUGCAGUGAUGACGCAGUGAGCUCAGAAUCACCCGCAGUGGGGACAGAUUUCACAAGGGACUUUUAUCGUCUAGUCAAAUUUGAAAGUACCAAAAGUUUGGCAUCAACAUCAUCACGAAGUCUUGUCGAUAAUGGAGGCUCACUAAAAAGAAAUCAGGAACUAUUACAAACAGCUCCCGACAGAGAGCAGGCUCUUCAGAGUGUUCUCACAUUCAUUGCUGAACAGCAACAGUACUGCACUUCAAGGGAGGAAGAAGAUUUGGAAGUCACUGUUCAACCAACACCACUUUUACAAGAUGAGAAUCAGAACACUGUUAGCAAGGGCAGUGACGAUGAUGAUCUUAAUGAAGAAAAUUGUGCAAGUGAGAUGAAUGAUUCAAAUUCUCAUGAAGCUGAUCAUGAAUCAUGCUGCAGUAAGCCAUCAUUGGAUUUAGAAACAUCAACAAAUGAUGAAGAUGAUAUUAUAUCUGUCGUUUCAAACCCUGGUGCUACCAAGCCAAGAACUGAUGAGGCCAUUUCAGUUUCUCCAGAACACUGUAUUGACAAUGAAAACAGCAUUGUGGUUGCAAAUGAAAGUUGUAGUCAAGGCUGUGCAGAAGCAGAAACCUUUCAAGAUAGAAACUAUUUUAAGACAAAGCAACAAAAUGUAGAAAUAAGUGUACAGAAUGGCCACUCAGGUGAUUUUAUUGAUGGUGAGAUAGAUAAGGCAUCUGAAAAUGUAUAUAGCCAAGCUUCAGGUGCAGUGAGCCUUGGAGCAAGAGAAAGAAAUUGUGCUAUUCUCUUGGGUGAGAACGAUAUAGCAAAAUCAUCUAACAGGAAGCAAAAGUGCCCUGAAUCACUGCUUAAUCAACAAAAUGACACUGCCCACAAAAAUAUGUUGAAUUCUUUGAAAGAUGAGGCAAAGUCUGAAGUGGACAGCUUUGAUCUCAACAGAAAAUCAAUGUGUACUACAGCGAAAGAGGACAGUUCUUUGUCUUGUAACACAAAUUCAGGUUCGGAACAGUUCUCAAAUAUUAAAGACUGUAAUUCAUAUGACAUAAUUGCCUCAAAUUCCCAAUCCUUACCAAAUUUCCCCAUUCAUCAUCUGCUGCCUAGCAGUGCUGAUGAUUCAGUAAAGACCAAAAGUAGCCAGGAUGGUGCUUUUGGAAGGGAAGGCUGCACUGGUGAUGACGAAUAUAAUGUUCCUGCUCCAAAGGAAGUGAUGUUAAAAGACAUGAAUAUUGCUUCGUAUGAUUACAGUAGGGCUGUGCACUCUUCAGGUAGGGUAGAUACACUGAUGACUGUGAUAGAAGAAGAUGAGCAGACUGGUGGAAUGUGUCGAGAGAUGUCAGAGUCCUUGACAUCCACUGUUUCGACUCCUGACACUGUAGUGAACCGUUUGCAGUGUGACAAUAGUCCAAACAGUGUUCUUAUUAUGGAUGCUAGUGCUGUUAGUUUUCAUGAACAUGCUACGUCAAAGGAUGUUAUUGAAGAACUGAACCGCAUGAUCCGAAAAGGUGAAGAUGGAAUAUCUGGUAGUGAAAAUGAUGUCACUGCAGUUGGUGCUUCGAAGCUGGAUGUUGCCUGUUGUUGCCCAACAGGUUGGGUUCAUGUUGAAAGAGAUAUUGACUUCACAGAUCCAAAGGCCCGGGCUAAUUUACUUGAUGUGAUGUUAGCAUCAAGUGGUUCAUCUGGUGGUAGCAGUAACAGUGGUAACAGCAGCAACAGCAGUAGCUGCAGUGAAAGUGGUGAUGAACCUGCAGAUUAUCAGCACUUGCACAGGUUGCAUCGUUUUCGUCGACAAAAGAAAGCGUCGGCAACCCGUGACCAGCUGGGUGUACUUCGUUACCCUGCAUCAGCACCUAGACCUUCCAUCAUAGGCAGAGAUGAUUUCUUUGUUCGAUAUGGUGAGAAAGAACGUGAAGCUGUGGCAAGUUUCGAUUUUUUGGAAGAGAUGUCUACUACUUCUGUGAGUGGGGCUUCUUCAUGUGACACUUUGGGAUCACGCAAACAGCUGCCUGCUGCCUCUGGUCAACAUGCAACGACUCCAACCCCAAAUGUGUCACCCACUAGUGAUGAAAGUGAUGAAAAAGUUGGAGGGCCAAUCUCCUUUAGUGAUUCUUGUGCAGCUAGCUUUUCUGGAUCAUCUAACAGCCUUGAAACAUCAGGACAAUAGAAAAUCACGUGUAUCAACUUUAUUUCUCAGUACCUGCUCACCAAAACCUGUUACAUCAAUAAAAGGCAGCCAAGUCCAUUACUAAACUGAUAUCAUGUCAAUGUAGGUCCAUUUAUUUUCUGUGUCUGGCUCUUUUUAUGCACAAUAAGGUCAUAAUGCUAAUUCAAGGAAAUACUCAAGUCUUACUUUGUUUAUCAUAACAUAUGAAUUAAAAAUGUUUUCUGUAAAUUAAGCAUGAGAGACAAAAGUAUUUUGUUCCUAUGAGUGAUGAAAAUAGACAUCUCUCAGUUGUAGGAGGAAGAGAAGUGUGUUUGACAACAAAGGUAACUCAGUCUCAUCAACAGAGCAAUAAAAGACUUCAAUUUAUUCAUAGCAAUAUUUUGUUCAUUAUCAAAAUGAGUUGUUUUAUGUAAGUUUAUUAUACAUUGCCACACAAUGUGAUUUGUGUUAAUUCUGCGUGAGAACCAUUUCUUUCAUUAUUCCCCCCCCCCCCCCCCCCCCCCCCCCUUGUGAAGAUAUUUUGUUGAAAUGAAGAUUGUUUAUGCUAGAAAUAAACAGUGUACACCAAUGAGUCAAACAUCCAGAAACUUACAUAACCAUAGAUUAAUAUUCAUGUGGUGGAUAUUAAGCUCUGGGUGAUUUGCAGUAAUGUUUUAUGCAACUGCUCACUUGUUGAUUCUCUCUCUCUCUCUCUCUCUCUCUCUCUCUCUCUCUCUGUAAAUUGUAGUAUUUGUUAUUCCAGAUAAAUGACUAUUAUUUUCCAAAUUCUUUCAACAUCUUCUGACUCAAUAAUCUGACAGAUGAACUGCAGAUGUGGGAUUUACCUACAACUGUUAUUCGUUUUUAAAUACAAUUGCAUUUUGAAUUUCUAUGGAAACAAUUCCAUCCAUGAAACCAGAGAAUAAAAAGUCAGAAAAUUCACAGGAACAUAAAGACAGUAUAUUCUCUGAAAAUAUGUUGAUACUUUUUAUAAUAGUAUAAGUGUAACAUGGGAAGCACUUAUAACUUAAGACAGCAUCUGGGUAUCUGUUAUUUCCAAAUUUAUUGUAGAAAGAAUGCAAUUUGUCCCAAAAUGUCAACUUAUAUCUACAUUUUUGUUUUAAUAUUUAUGGCAAGCAAAAUUUAUUUGAAUGAGUUAUUUGAAUAAUAUGAAAACAACAAACUGCACUUUUGAAAAAGUAUAAAGGUGCUGAGGUUGCUGGUUACAUUAUUAAACACUUACCACUAGCUAGAGAUAGAUGAACUAUCUGAAAAUAAUAGAAAACACUAGUUAGGAAAGAACUUAUAUGAGGCUCACACUGACAAAAUAAAGUUUCAGUUAGCAAAGCUCACUGAUUUUCACUUCUGAAUGUUCUGCAGAAUUGAAGUGUGACCUCUUGAAAGGGGAUUUCAGGGAAGAUACAUGCAUAUAAUAAUGAUCUUGUUUAUUGGCUGUCAUUCAAGAUUUAUGUUUUAAUCAAGUCCUCAUUUAGUUACCACAUUCAUAAGUUAGCUUUCUGAAACACUAAACCACCAACUGUUAUUGUUGCCCCUGUGAUCCAUCUCUGUACCUUUCUGCAGAUAACACUGACACUGCAUAUGCUUACUUUUCUCUGCAAUGGAAAUAAAUUAGUGAGAGUGGCUUUUCCUUUCUGUUCUUUGGACACUUUCAUUUUGUAUGGAGCCCAAAACUAUUCAACAUUUUUGUCUCCUGAAUAUUGAAAUGAGCUACUAUGUUAAAAGCACCAAAUAGCAGCAGCUUUUCAGUUCAAAAAUGUUUGUCAUGUGCUAGAACUACAUUAAGUUCUCGAGAUGGGUGAAAUGUAUAAAUCACAGUAUUUUCUGAAUAUUUAGAUUACUGAUAUAUUUACAAUAUUUAUCAUUUGCCAGUGUUAAAAUGGCAGUUGUCCAAACUAUUUUGGUGUUUUUCAUAACAAAAUGUUGUUGUAAAUGUCUCCUAUAUGCAAAGUGGUACACUAAAAUUUAACUCAUAAAUAAUAAAUAUUUUUUGCAAAAUGAGAAUCAGCUGAAAUUUUAUCAGACUCAUGGGCAGUUUCUUUUGUGUGUGCAUUGUUUAUUUUUUAACCAAGAACUCAUGUCUUACUGUAAUUAAUUUACUUUCUUAUUUUGUGUUUAUUUUAACUCAUUGGUAUAUAUUAUGUAAAACAAUGGAUUCCCUAUAACAAUGAAAGAAUCUGUUGGCCUAAAAGCAGUGAGCUUAUGUGGAAAAAGACUGUAUGGUAAGAGUACAAGAAUUCAGGAACCAUAGAACUAUAUUAGUAUCUAAGUUCACUUACAUUAAAAUAGUAUUUUUUGAGGAAUUUUGUUUUAAAAGCUCAUACAACAACAAAGCUGUGUCAUUCAAUUAACAUUAUUCUGUACGAUGCAAUGUUUAAGAUAUCAUGUUUGAUGACUCUUCCUUGCACACAACAGAUUCUAGUAAUACUGAUGGUGUAAUCUGUCUGAGAUUCAUAAAAGUAAUGUUUAGAACCUAUGGGUAAUAUAGGCACAGUAAUAGUUGUUUGAGCAUAAUUUUUCUGCCAACUCAUGAAAGUGGAUAUUUUAUCAGUAAAAAGACAGUUGUCAGAAUUAGUAAUCAAGUGAUAGAAUCAGCAAAACUUAGCUAUAGUUGCAGAAGUAGGACGAGUAUAACUGCUGACACAGAGGAUGGAAAUAUGUUGCAGAUACCAUUUUGUAGACUAGGCUGAAGUGCAAUUUUAAUGUCUGUGUGACUCUUGUCAACACAGUGUGUAUUUUCAGAUGUAAAUAGUGUUUAUAAUAGAAUGAAUAUGUAGUUGUACAUGUCCUUCAAUAAUUAGAUAUUUCCUGAUUGCUAGUGAUUCUGAGAGUGAAAAAAAAAUUGUAUGAAUGAACCGAAGAAUGAGUUUGUUAUUUAUUUUAUUGUGACAUUAUUUUUAAUUGUAAUGUUGUCAAUGUACAUGAUCUGUAAUUCUUAACCUACCAUGUUUAUAUGUUUAUAAAUAUUCACACCAGAAUAUUA